GCCGCUCGCCAUGGACCGAAACCCGUCGCCUCCGUGGAGGGGCCAGGAGGCUGAGGCCGAGUCCGCGGCCGCGAGGGGAGACUCCAUCGGGACCACGAUUUACAGCAAGCACUGGCUCUUCGGCGUCCUCGGCAGCCUCAUCCAGCUUAUUAACCCUGAGAAAACCACGUCUAGAGAAAAUGAGGAGGAGGAACAGCACACAGAAGUGGAUGAAGAAAUGGAGAAUGAGCUUUGUAGGGUCUGGGACAUGUCGGUGGUUGAGGAUGUAGCUUUAUUUCUCUUUGAAUUUAAUGCCCCAGACAUAUUUAUGGGAGUUUUGGCCAAGACCAAGUGUCCUCGACUAAUGGAAAUUUGCGUGGGAAUUUUGGGAAAUAUGGCCUGUUUCCAGGAGAUAUGUGUGUCUAUCAGUAAUGAUAAGAAUAUUGGACAGACAUUGUUGCACUGCUUGUAUGAUUUGGAUCCUCCUACUCUGCUGGAAAUAAGCAGGUUAUUGCUAACAUGCCUUUCCCAGCCACAAGUUGCUGAUAUUUGGGUUCAAAGGAUACGGGAAAAUCCAGCUGUCUAUGACAGCAUUUGUUUCAUCAUGUCAAGCUCAACCAAUGUUGACUUGCUGGUGAAAGUGGGUGAAGUGGUUGACAAGCUCUUUGACUUAGAUGAGAAGCUAAUGGUGGAGUGGAUUAAAAAUGGCACUGCUCAGGGCCCGCACCAGUCCUCUGGGGAUUCUGAAGAGCAAGCACCACUAAAGAUUGUCCCCUGUGUACUUGAAGCUGCUAAACAGAUCCGUUUUGAUAACCCAGUAGGACUGGAAGUUUAUAUGCACAUCUUACAACUACUUACUACUGUGGAUGAUGGAAUUCAAGCAAUUGUUCAGCCUCCUGAUGCUGGAAGAGAUACUUGGAAUUUCCUUUUUGAUCUGGCCUGCCACGACUUCUGUCAGCCUGAUGAUCCACCAAUCAUACUUCAGGAACAGAAAACAGUGCUGGCUUCUAUCUUCUCAGUAUUAUCUGCUGUGUAUGCGUCACAGACUGAACAGCAGUAUGUAAAGAUGGAAAAAAAUCUGCCUCUGAUUGGCGGCUUGAUUUGGGUCUUGCACAACAUGGAGGACUGUGAGAAAAGAUCAGUGAACUUAGCAGAAGAAACUGCAAAGUCUGGUGUAACUGAGGAGGAUUUCCACUUGAAAGUUUUGAAGGAUGUCUCUUGCGAAUUACUUUCUAAUAUUUUUCAGGCAUUGACAAAGGAAAAUAUCAUUCAGGCUCUAAAGGAGGACUAUCUAAACAAGCAGACGUGUUCCUGUGCAUUUAAAAACCUUCUUCCCAUGUACCGCUCAGUGGUGGAAGGCUUCCUUAACGUCCUGCAUGAAGCUGACAAGGCUCUUGUGGAUGAUCUGAAGAAGGAUUUCCCAAGUUUGAAGGCACAGAACUAAAACUAGAACAGAACAACCCUUACUUAAGGAAAAGACUUUCCUUCCCUGGCUAAAGAAUAUGACAGGUUCCAGCCUCCAGUAAACUUUGCCUUCCUAAUGGAACUUAUAAGGGACAGCUGAGGCAGAUGGCUUGUGGAGGAGUGGUAGAGAACCCCCACGAGCUGUGACUGCCCUACUCCCCUCCUCUUUGUGUGUUGUGAUCAGGAGUAUAAACCUGCUAUUGGCUGUGGUGGUUUGUCAGCUUCAGUGGAAGUAAAUCAUGCUAGUAUUUAGGGUGUCAACAGGGAAUGCUUGCCUGAACAUGAAUUUUGUGCCAGUAUUUCAUAUGCAAGUAGGUGUUAGACCUUAAAAUCCAUUUAAAAAGGAUUUAUUUAUGGUAAUUAUGACAAUUAUCACGGUCUUUAAAUACCUGAAAAGAGGAGGUAAAACCCAUUAGAGUUUGAUGUUAGACUGGGUUUGUUAACAGGGCCAACAUUUAACAGUAUUGUGCAAGUAGAAAUGCCGCCAUGCCUGUGUGAGCACAGUUACAUCUGGAAAUCCCCCUUUACAACUUAAUUCCGGUGGCAGUUCAUAAAAUAAUUGGUUUCAAAUCACUGAGUUGUUUUGAGCAACAGUGGAUUCCUUUUAUCUCCCCUGAUUGAGGUACAGUGUAGCUGCUUGUCAGAUUUUGGCCAUGGUCCCAGUGUUAUUUGUCCUCUGGACUGGAAUGUCAGAAUUCUUCUAUCUUUGGCUUCUGUCAUUUCCACAAAUUUAAAUGGAGAACCAACAGACAUGUUUGGGUUUUGUUCAUUAUAGACUCCAAAGCCACACCCAGCAGACUUUGGUGGUGUUUUCCCUAUUCAUGCCAUGACAUUUUGGCCUACAAAUGCUAAUUUAGAUCAUAUUUUCCCUUUUGUGGCAGAGCUUUCCCACCCAGAAAAUUAAAAAAUGUUCAAGUUAGCUAUAUGCAAGUAUACAGUUAGUUUCUCUAGUGUUGAAAUGAGAUUUUAUACAUUCUUUUGCAUGGUUUCUGGAUCCCUCUACUUUUCACAUGUGUAUAGAAAAUUACACAUGCUAGCAACUGAAGCCAUAACCUGUAGAUUUUUUUGUAUUUUUGUUCAUGAAACAUGUACAUUGUUCAUUUUGGUGCUGACUUUAGUUUAGGCAGAGCAAUGGCUGAAAUAACCCCACACAGUCAGAGAAAAUAAGCCAUGCCUCCCAAGCAAAUACAUGGACAGAUUGUACAUUUCAGGCUGGUGCUGGAAAUUCUCCUGUUAGGCAUUAAUCUUUUUACCUGUAGCCCAUUAAAAUAUUCCUUGGAAGGGUAAUGCUUACCAGGCCUUACUGCAAAUGAAUUUCAGAUCCUAUCAUGACAACAAGUUUUGGGGUGCAGAACUUUUAACAUGAACACUGAGAACCUAGGGGGAUGAGGACCCCCCCCCCCGAUGGUUUGGUCCCAAAGGUGGAUGGGAGCAGUAAACUACUUCAUAGUUUCACUCUGUCUUCACUCAGUUUUCACACUUGUUUUGUACACCAUGUUUUUCACUGUUCAAAGGUCAGGUUCUUACAUUGCUCUGUAUAUGUUAUAUUUUGAUAUAGUUGAAAACUUUUCUGUAAAACUACCAAUUAAAAUAAAAAUGAAAUGAG